AUGGUUAUCCGCACCACUAAUAGCCAACUCCGGGGGACAACUCUAAAAGUCUUAGUUGCUAAACUCCACACUCUGCAUAAACCAACCCAUUCCCUGAUGCUCAUAUGGGGUUUGGAGAAGUGCGGGGGAGGGGGAGGGGCUGAUAAGCGUACGGGUUUUAACCCUAUAAUUGAACUUAGUCUCGCUUUUGUGAGGGAUUCCGAGUGGAAACGGAUCCGUACAGUAAUGACAGCUAUGUUUACGACCGCAAAAGUCAAACGACUGACUCCUUUAAUCCUCAAAUGCGUGGACACUAUGAACGACAAUAUCGACAACAUUAUUGGCAAAAGUAAUGGCAAACUAUCGGCACCGGUAGACGUGAAACCACUAACAGGUGCCUAUGCUAUGGAGAGUAUAAUAAAUGUGACCUUCGGCGUGAAGGUGUCAGCAAUGGCUGACCCUAACAACCCUAUUAUAGAAAAUAUCCGCAAGAUUAAUAAGCAGAGUUUAUUAUCCUGGGUGAGAUUAUCAAUCAUACUGUUAGCUCCAUAUGUGGCCAGAAUGUUGAGAUUAUCGCAGUUGGAUCAUAAAGUUACGCAAUAUUUCCGCGACCUUACGCUAAAUCUAAUCGAUGAGAGGAAUCGUGUGUCGGAAACCGAAAGAGCCGUAAAAAGGGUCGACUUUUUGCAACUAAUGUUGGAUUCAAUGAGAGAUAAGAGCAAUGAGACGAUCGAUGGGUCCGAAGAAUAUACGGAUAGUGGAAGUGGAGAGAAAUAUCGGGAGAUACGGGCCACGGCUAGCAUGAGGGGUAAUGGUCUUUCAUACGACGAGAUCGUAGCCCAAUGUGUAAUGUUUAUGUUAGCUGGGUACGAUGGCGUUUCCGUCACGAUAUCCAUAUGUUUGUAUGCAAUCACUAAACACCCGGAAGUCCAGCAAAAACUAUACAAAGAAAUUCAUACAUUUCACGAGCAAAAGGCGGCGUGCACAGAGUAA